UGUGAGUGAGAGAGAGAGAGAGAGGGAGAGAGAGAGGAAAAUAAGAGCCAUCAGUCUCAUCUAUCUGCCUCUCAUACUACUGGAUAUUUUUUAAUUUUUGGGGGGAUCUCUUUAUUUCUUUCAUCCUAUUUUUUCGCUCAUAUUUAAUCAUAACUUUUGCUUUCGCUCAUUUUCCCACAUUUGGAGACUUCUCGCGCCGUCUACUGCUUCUAAUCCUCUUUCUCCACUCUUUGCACCGGACUAGACAGAUCCGUGGUCCAAUCUGCUUUAUUUUUUCCCUCCUUUCUGGACUAUAUUCUCUAUACCGAGGGACCAGACCCGGCCGUGAGCCACCGUUUUACCUCCACAAACUCACCAGGGGGUCUACUCCAGCGCCUCCUGGAUCCAAUCUGUCCUCCUGUGUGCGUCUUUUACGCGCGGAGCUGCGAAAUAAAUAGGUGACAUCUACUCCUGAAGGCAGAGAGGAUGAAUUAAUGUGCCAUCAUGGUGCCAUUUUGGAGAUAAACCCCCCUUCUUUUUAUUUCUUUACACAUUUCACUUCAUGGGACGGGCGGACCAGGGGGACAUCAGGUGGAGAUCUUGAGCACACGCGUCACCUGCCAGCGCACCUUUUGACGGCGCGCCUGUCAAUUAGCAUCACUAAUUGGAUUAUUUUGAUCUUGAACUCAACUGUCUGCAGGUUUCUCCUCUCCACCGCCUCCUACCCCUAACCUCCCCCCUCCUGCUCCUUCCUAGAAGUUAUGUCAAGGCCUCUUACUCAGCUUCUACCGCCGGAUCUCCCUGCCGGGGCAACGAGCCCCCAGUUCGGGUCUAGCAACCCGGCUGUGAGUGGCCCUCAAGGUGGACACCUAACCUCCAUGACCAACCUGAAAUCUCUGCUCCAAGUGCCAAUCAAGGCCGACCAGAGAGUGACCAAGGACUGCUGCGAGAUGAAAGACAAAGACAAGCCCCUGGACUCUGAUGAAGACUCAUUGGGUGUCAACGUUGGCCCAGGCGGGCUGGGAGGAGCCCCUGGCUCUUUGCGCUCAAACUCCCAGUCGGCCUUCCUGGGCCCCCUGCUGUGGGAGCGGACCCUGCCGUGUGAUGGAGGUCUGUUCCAGCUGCAGUACAUGGACCUGGAGGAGUUCCUGACUGAGAACGGGAUGGGGAUGCACAGCAACGGACCCAGCUCCACCAGCGCCCAGAUCCCCUCCCAGAGCUCCCAGUCUGCCAUUCCCAACCAGAGCUCCCAGUGCCCGCCGACCUCUCCCCCACCCUGCUCCUCUUCUUCCUCCUCCAUGUCCUCUUCAUCCUCCUCAUCUUCACUGCUUGGGCUGGAGACCGUCCAACCACAACCACCGCCACCACCACCUCAACAACAACAGCAGCAGCAAGGCAUGAUGGGAGGCCCGGAGUGUCUACAUGGUGGUCAGGCGGUGCCUCAGGACCCGUCACCCUCCUCCACCUGCCCUCCUGGACCACCUGGACCUCCGGCCGGAGCCAACGGCAGCAGUGACAUUAUGGUGAACUUCGACCCGGACCCUGCGGACCUGGCGCUGUCCAGCGUGCCCGGUCAGGAGGCGUUUGACCCGCGACGACACCGGUUCUCCGAGGAGGAGCUGAAACCUCAGCCCAUGAUCAAGAAGGCCCGCAAGAUGCUGGUUCCCAACGAGCAGAAGGACGAGAAAUACUGGAGCCGGCGUGUCAAGAACAACGAGGCGGCGAAACGCUCGAGGGACGCCAGACGGCUGAAGGAGAACCAGAUCUCGGUGCGUGCCGCCUUCCUGGAGAGAGAGAACGCCGCGCUUCGCCAGGAGGUCGCCGACAUGAGGAAAGAGCUGGGCCGCUGCAGGAACAUCAUCAACAAGUACGAGAGUCGGCACGGAGACUUGUGAGGCGGCGAAGGACGAAGGAGAUGACGAUGAAGGAGAAAGGGUUUGGGAGGGGAGAGAAAAUAAGAAAAGGGUACAAGGCAACCCAACAACAGCAGCACUUUAGUUGAAGUGGUGAAGGGGAAAGGCCGGCGUAGAUCUGCAGUAAGCACUGUGCGACACCGGGCGCAAACACGAGAAGUGUGUUUUUAAACGUGCGCGCUGUGCUUCAGGAUUGCACGACAAGAAAGCACAGCGACGCCAUCUUUUUCCAGUUUGACUCUCCUAGUCUCUUUGCUGCUUCGUUGAACUCACGACGUACUGUAUCACCUUGUGUCACCUCGGCAGCUCGUCACCCUCGGUGCUGUGCUUACGGCCGGUGUCGCAUGGCGUUUUUUGCAGGUAGUGCGUUCCGGCCGCUGCUCCAGCCAGUUCAAACA